UGAUGAAUGCUUUGAAGUAUGCGCUGCGCGUGCUGUGCUUGCCCCUCGCAAUCGAAGACGUGGUAGAAAGACUAGGGCUUGUGACUUCCGAUGAUUCUGCCUUAGCAGAGGAUCACAACUUUUUUGUGAGUGCAGUACGACGAGCGGGGCUGCGUUUACCAGCUCUCUCUGAGCACGGCGAUAAGGAGAGGAGUCAAAGCACAUCGGACCGUAGCGUGACACGCCCUGCAGGAGAGGAAGAAGGAAAAAAUGACGGCGUUGAUAUCGUUGCAUCAAGAAUGCAGCUGGGGAAAAGCGGCGAAAGUGUGGCUGACAAUGAAGAUGUGAGAUCGUCAAGUAGUUCGGACCUCGACUCUGGACUCGAAAAUAGUCGUGGAAAGGAGGACGAGGAUGCCAAUGCUUCAAGCCGUAGCUCGCAUUCGCUGUGGUUUGGCGGCGGCGAUCGCAGCGGGCUUGGGACAUCAUCGCGCGUUCAGGCAGACGGAAUGUGCUGUUUUCCCACGCGACGUGGAGGUACGGAUAGUGGAGGAGGAAAUGGGGAACAACGCCUGUCGGUUUCUUUUCCGUCGUUGUUGCGGCAGCGUAAGAUGCCGCGAGCCGCGACUGGUAGGUCGGCCGGUCUGAGUAGUGGCCUUCAGCGCCAGCUGUCCUCUACAUCAUCGGCGAGCGACGAGUCAGCUGCAAGGGGAUUGGCGGAGAACCGGCUUCCGUCUUCCUCGCCGAGUCUGUUGGAGAGCAGUUUCCUUUCGUCCUCCGCCCGCGACCUCCGUGACAAGAGCAUUCGGGCUUCACGUGCUGGAGUAUUCCAAUCCUUAUUUAAGACUUCAGGAAAUCGAAAUCAAUUAUCUAAGACUUCAGGAAUCGAUGUGUUUCAAGAUAGAUGGAGCAUUUUUAAGGGAAAGUCUAACUUAUGGACGCCUUUUCGCCGGGAUCACGAGAACGGUAUUCGAUCGCUACUGUGUCGCGGAGGAGUACCACAAGAGAGUUUCGCGACCAAUGCGGGCCACACGUCGGUUGAGGAGCUAAAUCUGCAGCACCUCAUGCAAUCUGAAAAGACGGAUGCGAUUGACUCGUCGGAGCCAUCCGCUCUAGGCCGGAUCGUGGAGACUCCCCCAGGGGCAGGAGAUGGUGUCGGAGCUCCCUCUCCUCUUGUGUCGCCAUCCUACAUCGACCUGUUACAACGAGCGGGAGACGGGGAGCAUCAGCGACCGCGCCUACUCGCGGGCACGCGCAAUACGAAGGGCCAGCCUCACGGACCGGAUCGAUUCUUCACAGGCAGCACUGCAGCUUCGAGUCGGGCAUCGUCUGCCUACUCUAGCCCGACUGAAAUUUCAGUGAAUGAACUGCAACAGCCAGGUCCCGGUCCCGCAGCGGGAGUUUCCGGCUCGUUCACCUCAACACCAGACACAUUACCGCAUCAAGAGCGAACGCAUGCUAGUGUUGUUGACCACACUGCAGGAGAUGACAGCGGCGGCGCGGUCCUUGGCUUGUCUUCUUCUGGAACACUGGUGCGCUCGUUUCCCGCGACCGCAUCUUCACCUGCGCUCAUCAACAUGACAAACGACUGCGGAUUUCCAGGCGCUUGUGGCGAACCGGCGACGCUCUGCCCGCCGCUGGGGGAGUAUCCAUCUUUCAUGCGCAAUUGCGACAUGGGGGCCUCCUCCUCGCUGAGGCUCCACUCUUCCUCCUUGCGAUUGCAGCAGUACCUGGACGGAGACUGCUGGGAUCAGAACUUCUUGCGUAGCAGCACUGGCAGUCUUCUGGGAGGCCCUGUAUCCCCUGUCGCAGAGUCGUUUGGCGACAACAGGACGAACUCGUUCCAGAUGAUACACCAAAAGCGUCGCGUGCCGCCACUUUUAGGCCGCAAGGGGGGUUCGUGCGGUGGCAGUUUUUGCCGAUUAGACCGCAGAAGCAAAAUGCGCAACAUUGGUUUUGUAGCGCUUCUUUCUGGAGCCGUCGCUGCGCUAGUGGGGGCACCGGUGAUAUUUGGAGUCCAUCAAGCCAUGAACACCACGACAUUUGGCGCCGGCCCAGGACGACCGGCACCGGACGUUCGCGGCGCGGCGGUCUCCGAAGGUGGUCAUGUGCGGGACGUGCACCAGUUCCCCGCUUCUCUCGAGGGCCGCGCGAACUACCACUGUGAAGCUCCUCCUCCAACGAGCGGUAGGAAGAAAACUGAAAAGCAAGGCGAAGCAGAUAAAACAAGCGAUUUCUCUCACUACCCUGGCGCACGUGCCACUGCUGAAGAGAUCGACACGUGCACGGACUGGACGCGAGCUGGCCUGAAUUUAGUCUCCACCGUAGAGCACCAAGGGUUUUGGUCGUCUACGGUCACUUGCGGCACUUGUUGGGCGUAUGCAACUGCGUCGCAGAUCGAGGCGCAAUUGGCGCUCACACGUAGAGACGGAAUUCUGCGGCGCGUGGACAUCGGAGAAAUCAUCGCGUGCAGUAGUCGAGAAGAGCGUUUAGAACAUAAUCGCUACAACGGGAUUCCGGUAGAGGCGGUCGCGGCGCAGGAACUUCCUGUGGAGCGCCUUUGUUCGGACGGCAAUGUGCAGACAUGGGUGUAUGUGUACUUGACGCAAAACGGGAUUCGGCUUCUGUCCGAGCCAACGAAAGAGGAUGCGGCUGCCAUGUGGGGUGCUUCCAAAAACAGAGACGAAGGCGCAGUGGGAGGGUUUUUCCGUCGUCUGUUUUCUCGACGGAGAGGCGACUCUAGCAGCAUGGAAGAUAUGAGGGAUACAGCGACAGCAGCGGCGCAGGCAGAGGGUCGUGGGACACAGCCGCUCGACGUGGUAGGCGCGGCUGAUCGACGUCGCAACGAGAAUCCGGACGGAAGCUACGACGACCCUGCCCGCGCGAAGAGGGACGCGGCUGCGCUCAAACAAAGGGAAGAAUCACGUUACUUCUUGAGCGAGGAUCACGAAGUCUCGUAUCCAACGAAUACGUAUGAUGACGUCGAGCAAGAUAUUCCCUUCCGCUUCAAGACCGCACCGCGAGGAAGCGGAAUCUAUCCCGAUGAAGGCCCGCGACAAUUGUAUUGCCAGACGCAGCGGCGUUUUGUCGAGCCCGCUGCGCGAAUCCGAAUUGCAGACGAGAGCUGGCGGGUGGGUCGCAACCCGUGGGCGCCAGCGGAGCAGGACGUUGAGAAAAUGAGCGGGCAAAGGGAGCAAGGGCAACGUCAUUUGUCGGAAGAACAUGAUGAAGACGAAUCACAGGAAAAGGAUGAAACUGAGGGCCCUGUGCGGAUGAUCGAGAGGAGAAGGCUUGUGCAGAGCGACGACGGACUGAGAUCUCUUGGAUCCUCACCUACAAGGGCAGACGAGAAACCACUGGGAUCGCAACUGACGGAGAACCAGUUGCGGGAUUUGUUCUACAAUCCUCCAAGGCUCCGUGGUCACGCGAUAGAAGAAGAGGUGGUGAAAUUACGAGCGCCGCCUGGUCGGCGAGAAGCGUACGACUCCAAGUUCCAAAAAUCCGUGUUACAAGACGUCAAACCGCCAGGCUCGAAUUUCAUGCAGUUCAGCACCGGAGGCUCAUCGAAAGACGGGGAGCACGAGUAUCGUUUCGGCUCUACGCCGCCGAGAGACGGAUAUCGGGAGGAGUCCGAAACGAUAUCGAACAACAAACAGCGAUCACGUGUUGAAGAGAAGGAAGCUGGAGCUGAGCAUGAUAGCUCCAUUGCGCGGCGCUUGCAGGAUCUACGUCUGGAGGACGAGAGCACGCAGAGUACUACAGGAGACUCGAAAAAUAACAGAGAGUUUGUAGGAGGAGAGGAAGCUUCUUCUACCGCAGACCAUACAAUGAGAGGGAACUCCAAGCCAGCCAGUGGGUCGGCUGAUCAAGAGCAAACGGUUCGAGCUGGACAAGAGCAGCGUUUGUCGACAUUAGAAGAAGCUUUUAUGGACCUACUGGCGUCUCAGCAGGGCGACGACGACCUGCAUCCAAUACUCGACGGCCCUGACGACAUUGUGAGGAAUGUUGAAAGUCAGCCGAAGCGUUACGACAUAGGUGAUGCCGACGCUGAAGGCGUGGAGGUCUUGGAGGAGGAAGAAGCACGAGAAGUCGCAACGAAUGCUGGUGAGAAGCGAGAUCAACUAGUGGAGGGAGGCAGCGAGACAGCGUUAUCGUCUGGGAAUCCCCACACGUUCGGCGGAGCGAGGAGUCGAAGUAAUGAACACGUGCCAAAACAUGUCCAAGAACAAGAAGAUGGAGGUAAAAAAGCCUUAGAACUUUCUACUCUGCCAUCGAUUCGUGCCUACGACGAUGAUCAGAUAGAAAGAGGGGCCAGCAUCUACCCGUUCGAGGACACAAUAAUCGGCGCUGGUGGCCCACGUGAAGCAGCUUCUAAAAGCACAACUUACAACGUCCCUGACCCAAGUGCUACACGCAAAGAUGAGAGUUCUACCACAGCCAUGCCUGUGAGUCCAUACGCGAACGGCUUCUAUCAACCACCGAAAUUCAAGACGAAGGCUGAGCAAGAAGAGUUACAACAGGCUGGACGACUAACGGAAGUGUCAGUAGGCAACGAUCUGCUCCAGUGGCAUGGCUCGGAGGAUGAUAUUCGAAUACAACUGCAGAAAAUGCCGGUUGUAGGUCUCGUAGACGCGCAAGGACUCAAGAAAAUUUCGGUACUCGGUUUUGUUGACUCAACAUAGUGAUGGUACUAGUAUACGUAAGGUACUUGCUGGUGUGUAAGUAUUUCAUGUUACUUUAUUGAAGAGAAACAUCGACCUCUUACUUUCAUUACAUGAUCAGGAAAGUCAUGUUCGUUCUCAAUUGAACUUCCAGUAGGCACUUUGUUCUUGCAGUCUGUCAAUGUGAAAAAUGGUGAGGAAGAGCAUUUUUAUCUUCCUUCAUAACUUUCUUUCAGUGGGGUGGUCGAUGGCGCAAGAAGGUGAUUGGAAAGGAGGACUUUCCUUCGUACACGCUAACCGGCAGCUUGCACCUGAAGGGGGAUCACUACAUUCAAGUAGUGGGUCUACGUCGCUCCGAAGACGGGACGCUCUACUGGUGGUGCAAGAAUUCGUGGGGCAGGCAUUGGGGUGACAACGGCUACUUCCGGCUCAAGUACGGCGACGGCCUGCUGCUCCACGCAGUUACCAUCAAACCGGAGCUGCUAGAGCUGUGUCAAAGGAGAAAAGGUGACUCGGACUUUGUGUGUGAUUAG